UGACGUCACACGCUGGGUCUCUCGGGGCGGAAACAAACAGCGAAGCGUUCUUACUACUGCGAGGUUGCGUGCGAUAUGAUUCACUCCGUCAGAAUAUCGCGUCAAUCUUUGUGCUCCGCUCGUUCCUUAUCUACCAUCUCAUACCAAUUACCGCGGGAGGAGUGUAAACAUCUCUGAAGUCAGGAAGUGGGAUGUGGCCCAGGUGAAAAGCUCGUUAUAUGGUCGCGAGCGUGGGCGCCGUGACUGAUGGCACGCUAUCGGUCACACACAUCAGGAUGACGCGUCGAGGGCGUGCGUUCAAUAUGUGAAUUCUUGCGUGGAGGACAGUAGUUCAGAGAAAUAACGAGCCACUGCAGUGAAGUAUUCGGCGUGAGUGUCAGCUCAGCAUCAUAAUGGACUCGUCUGUGGCGCUGGGGAGGCUGGAGCUCGCGCGUCCGUUAAUGACCCGCGGCUCAUGUUUACCGGAGGGCGGGCAGAGCGCUCACCUGAACGGCUGCGUGCCGCUCUCUCAUCAAGUGGCCGGACACAAGUACGGCGUUGAUAAAGUGGGUAUCUUGCAACAUCCUGAUGGUACGGUCCUGAAACAGCUGCAGCCUCCUCCAAGAGGACCCAGAGAGAUGCAGUUCUACAGUAUGGUGUGUGCUGAAGACCACUGCGACCCCUGUCUUGUAGACCUUAAAACUCACCUUCCCAAGUACUAUGGCACGUGGUCCUCACCAGAUGCUCCCACAGACCUGUACCUCAAGCUGGAGGAUGUGACACGCAGGUUUCAGAAGCCAUGCAUCAUGGACGUGAAGAUCGGCCAGAAGAGCUAUGACCCCUUCGCUUCACAGGAGAAACGGGAACAGCAGAUCAGGAAGUACCCGCUAAUGGAGGAGAUCGGCUUCUUGCUUCUGGGGAUGAGGGUGUAUAAAGUUGGCUCAGACAGCUAUGACACAUAUGACCAGCAUUACGGAAGAGGUCUCGUGAAGGACACAAUCAAGGAAGGUUUAUCCAAGUUCUUCUACAACGGCGACAUUCUCCGCAAAGACGCCAUCACUGCCAGCAUCCUCGAAGUCCAGAAGAUCCUUCAAUGGUUUGAGGGCCAGAGUCGGUUCAGCUUUUAUGCAAGCUCUCUGCUCUUUGUCUACGAAGGCGUCAGCAUGCCAAAUCACGUCUCCCAGACCGUACGGGAGAACCCAAUCGCACCCGAGGCCUGUGAGCAGAACAACAACAUCAAUCAGAGCCUCUCCAUGUACUCCCUGCACAAGAAAGGCUGCGGCCGGAGCCACUACCAAGCCAAACAGGACAAUGGCGUUUGGCGCUCCUCGCAGCAGCCCAACGGCAACCACAGCGUCGCAAGACUGGAAGAGGACAGGAAGGAGAGCAAGAGCGAAGCGGGACAGGAAACGGUCAGUGACGUGGAGGUGAAGAUGAUUGACUUUGCACAUGUCUUCACUAGUGACGUUCCUGACCAGGGUUACAUCUACGGCCUGAAGAACCUACUGAAGGUCCUGCAUCAGAUUCUGGAGGAGUGAUGAAGUUGUUGAAGGUAUGAACCGUGUAGCCACUUUCACGUCUGUCCACCCGCCUUUCUCUAAUCUGCACUACCUACACCAUCAGUGGAGUAACAUGUUUGGAAUCCUUCCUCUAAUGUAUGUGCUUUAGUCUUUUAAAAGCUUUGUAUAGUUUAUGAUAUCCUACUCAGGUAAAUGAAUCUAUAAUACUUGUAUAUUUAUCCUAACAAAGAAGAAACACUCUCAUCAUAUUAUGCCUUUGAUAUUGCUAUUAGUUCCUGUUUCCAGAGCCAUUGCAGGAUUUCUUUUUUCUUUUUAUCCAUUUCCUUUUUUUAAAUCAAUGUAAUUGAAAAUAGGAAUGAAUUUCAUGAGUGUUGAUGUAGGAAAAUAUAUUUGAUGUUUCUUUUGCAUAUGCUGCCAUUAUGACCCUGCCUGUUUCAGACCUGUUGAAUUUUAUCUCAUUUUUUAAAAUGUGAUUUGAAAAGAAUUAAACCUUCUGUGAGUGUGUUCAUGUUCUGUGAUUACUGAUGCAAUAUGACUGAAAUAUCAGUGAGAGUAGUAAGGUUGAGAUCAUUUAUUGUUUUUCCAUUGUACAGCCCUUGAGGUUUGUCUACAUCAAAUGCCAAAGUUUCCAUUAAUGAAAAGAACUUGAAUUGUGAUUUGAAUAAUACAGUCUUUCUUUGGAAUAUGAGCUAAUUUAACUGGGUGUCCAGUUAUUUCUUUAAAUUGUUUGUACACAUUUAUUUGGUGACAGCAUAGGAUGUGAUAGGAACUAAAAAAGACAUGGAUGUUGCUCGAUAUAAGAGGAAAACAAGGAUACCCUCAAUCAUAAACAUUUGAAUCUCAGAAAUAGAUUUUUCUUUUUCUUUUGUUGUCGAUCUCUUUCUUUUUACUUUAACAUAAUUCAUCUUGCAUAUAGAAACAUAUGAUUUGUCAGUAAUCGUUUAACUUGUGUCUUUUGCAUUUGUCGUUUACAUGUUUAUUAGCAGCUUUAAAAAACAAAAACAAGGAACAUUCAGGGUGCCCACAGUCAUUAAAAAUUAAUUAGAGAAUUAAAACUUAUAGAAUUAAACAAAAAAUUCUACAAGCCACUUUUAUUAUUGGUAUCAUUAAUUUAGUUAACUCAAAAAACUUAAUCAGCUAGUAAUUGUUCAUUUUGAGUGUAUCCAGUGAAAUGAAAUUAAAAAGAAUGGAAAUUCAUUGGUCUAUUGUGUGGGAACCCUGUUUGCAUCCUUUUUUUUUUUUUUUUUUUUAAAUCUCAGGCAUAGCAUUUUAAUAAAUUGGUUCUUAAUGCUUACAUGAAUAACAUUCAUUCAUUUACAUCUCAAUGUGUCUCACUGAACUCCUCAGAAAAUAGUGUCCUUUUGUAACUUUCACGUUUCUCUUGUUUGUGUUAUUUGUGUUUUAUGUUUCAUUAGCUUGGUUGAGAUGGAUGUCGAACGACCACAGUUUGUAGACUGCGCCAAGUGUACGAAAAACAAUGUAACAUUCUUGUUCACAUGCACCUUUAAAGUGGCACAACAUGAGGAAAGUUGCUUUCUGUUUGUACCCAUAAAUACAAAAAGUGCACGAAUAGCAUAGCUCUAUAGAAAUAUGUGUCUUCGGGCAAAGUUUAAAAUUGCCUUUGUGCCUAUCAAAUAAAAAAUAGUUCCUGGUGUAUAAAAGGUUUUCAGCGGACCUCAAGAACUGAAAGUGGAUUAUAUAUAGUGCUCUCCAUUACAGUAUGCUUUUGUUCACAAAUAAAUGAACUGAUGUCAUGUUUACAUUCUACCUUUAUGGUUAUCUGGACAAAGACGCAUUGUUAUAUAGUCGUACAUGCAUAACUCAAUAAUUAUUGUCCAUUAAUUGUCUUAUUUAUGCACUGAAAGGAAGUUAAAAUAUUGUGUACAUUUAUGCUUUCUGUUAAUUACUAAAAAUGAUCUGUCAUUUCUUUUUCUGAUUGUUUUAUAUAAUUUUUUUUUUUAUAUAAUAGUAUAUAGCACCUAAUUGGUAACUACUGUAUGUGUGCUGCUUAAAGCACUUUAGGGAGCCUUUAGUGAGACUGGAUAUUAUUUUCCUGUGGAAGAAAUUGAUCAAUCUUAUUUAAGGGCAUGAAACUGUUAAAUCUCAACAAAUGGACAAACUAAGUCUAAACCCUCACAUCAACAUUUGUACACUGGCUAGAUCUUUUGUUCGGUGGAACUGCAGGAAUAUUUCCAUGGCAUUCAUUUUCUGGAAGAUAUGAUGAUAUCUCUUUGGCGUCCUAAUGCUUGCUGUUCAGUAUGUGGAAAUAUACAGGCCUGGGUUAGUGUUGUCUUAAACUUUCCAUAAACAUGGGGAUUAAUACAAGAGGACAGAAUUCUGCAAAUAAUAACCAACUCAAAUGCCAUAACAUUAUGGUAAAUGUCAUAACAUUUAUGGUUUCCAAAUAAAAAUUGUAUUCAAAUGUUAGCCAUGGUUUCCCGAGUAGAAUCGCAGCCCUGAACUGUUUUAAUAGUGAUCUUUCUUGAAAAUCGAAUAAACCACGUUUGUUGUAUUGGGCAGUUGUCACUGAAAAGUGAACAAACUCAAAACUGAACAUUGGUUUAAGCAAAUCUGAUGCUUACUGACCUGUAUAGUGUGUAGUCUUUGGAGAAAUGUCUGUUCAACCCUGAUCUAAUUGUUCUCUUAAAUUACCACCUUUGAAUAUAGACAUAUGAACUUAGUAUUUACUUGGAUGAUACUGGGUGUAUAUCUGGCAAUUUUUCAUUAAUAAAACCUACAUUUAAUACCAA